CAUUGAGAGAGAGAGAGAGAGAGAGAGAAGAACUUCUUCAAACGUGCACUAAAUAAUGGCUGAAGGCGAAGAACCUGCACUUUUCACUAAAGUAACGGUUUAUUCUCUACUGGCGUGUGUGGUUCAGUUUGCUGUUGGGUUUGUUUUUGCGCAAAAAUGGGGAAGUAAAUGUUCAGCUGUUGAUCGGUGGGUCCUCGUGUGGUUGUUUUACGACGCAAUUGUUCAUUUUACUCUGGAGGGACCCUUCGUCUACAUGUCGCUUGUUGGAAAUGUGGCCACUUCUGAAGGUCUAUUGGCAGAGCUAUGGAAAGAAUAUGGCAAGGCAGAUGAGCGCUGGUUGUACUCAGACCCAACAAUAGUAUCUCUGGAGCUUCUUACAGUGGUUUUAGAUGGUUCUUUGGCCCUGCUUCUAGCCUACGCCAUUGUCAAAGACAAACACUACAGGCACUUUGUUCAGAUCUCACUCUGUGUUUGUGAGUUGUAUGGGGGUUGGAUGACCUUCUGUCCAGACUGGCUAAUGGGAAGCCCUAACCUGAACACCAGCAACUGGCUGUACCUGUGGAUCUACCUGGUGUUCUUCAAUGGGAUCUGGGUGGUGGUGCCUGGACUCCUCCUCUGGCAGUCAUGGAGGGAUUUAAGAAGAAUUCAUCAGUAUUCAAAGAAGAAGAAUAGAUAAAAUCAGAGGAAGUCUGGUCGCUAGUAAUCAACCAUAUAAUUAUCAGUGUUAUAAUUACCUUUUCAAUGUGAACAGAAUAAGAUUUGGAGAGGAGGUACUGCAGUUGAUGUAUUAUACACAUUUAUUGUGUACACAGAAUAUUAGAGGAACAGUUGUUAAGGCGUAUCUUUGCAUAAAUGCAGUGGUAAAGACACAAAGGAAGUUCACACCAAAUACUGACUCAUAGCAACAUACUAUCUGCAUUCCUGCCCUAUGACACCUAAACAGUGAAUCCUUAUUUAGCUUUUAUACACUGAUCUAGGACCAGUUUCUCACUAAUCUCUCUUACCAAACUACCUUAUCCAGUCUGAUAGAAAGCAUGAAUUAGUUCAAUUCAUGUUUCAUCACAUCUGUUUGCUUAUCCUUAAAAUAAUGAAGAAUCAUGCUUCUUUUUACACAGA